UACAACAAAUCAUCUGUAAUUAAGCUCUCACUUCAGUAUUAUUUGACAGUCACAGUGCUCCAUGUUCAGUAUGUAGCCUCCUUCACAGCUGAGCAUGAAAUGAUGUGUCAGUUUCCACAGACAGUCUGCAGUCUCUGAGCGGCAACUUCCAAUCUGUGAAUCACUCCACUGGUCAAGACAGGACAAGUCUGCGAAUCCAUAUCCAUCCCUCUGUUCCUGGAAAUGACAGACACUGAAGUUGGAGGCACUGGAGCAACGAUGAAGAUUCUAACAAAAACAGUCCUUUCUUUUAUCUUUUUAAUCCUCCUUACAAUCACUGGAAGCCAAUUGGAAGCCAAAGAAAACACAACAAGUGCUGUCGAGGAGGUUCACCAGACUAAUGAUGUGAAGGAGCCGCUGGUUGUAAAGUCAACUUUUCACAUGCAUUUACAAGGCAAUGUGUUUGAGGAUAUGUGCAAAAUUCUACCAUUUCAUCCAGACACUCUCUACACUUGCAACUACAACACAAGCAGCCCUCUGGUCAUCAUCAUUCAUGGUUGGACGUUGAAUGGAAUCAUGGAGGAGUGGAUAUACAGGAUGGCCUCGGCCCUCAAAACAAGGCUGGGACACGUGAAUGUGCUGAUCAACGACUGGAGACCCCUAGCCUUUAAGCCGUACCCAGUCGCAGCCAAGAACAGCAGACAGGUGGGAUUGGAUGUGGCGACGCUGCUGCAGUGGCUGGAGGAGACCACCCAGCUCUCCAUGGAUAAGGUCCACCUGAUUGGAUACAGCUUGGGAGCACAUGUGGCUGGGUUUGCAGGAAGUCAUUUUAAGAAAGCCAGAAAGCUGGGCCGUAUAACAGGUCUGGAUCCCGCAGGCCCAAAUUUUGAGGGAGUUCCUGCUUUUGACAGACUGUCUCCUGAUGAUGCCAAGUUUGUAGAUGCUGUGCACACAUUUUCUAAGACCGGGAUUGGCAUCCGGCAGUCUGUCGGCCACGCUGAUUUCUAUCCGAAUGGAGGCUCCUUCCAGCCUGGAUGCAAGAUAACAGACAUAUAUGAAAAUGUUUAUUAUUUUGGGUUGCAAGGUUUACCAAAAACCAUAAAAUGUGCUCACCAGCGAGCUGUCCACCUCUUCACUGACUCCCUUCUGAACACGGAUAAAGAAAUGACUGGCUUCCGCUGCCGGAAUGAUGCUGCAUUUGAUAAAGGACUCUGUCUGGACUGCAAAAAGAAUCGCUGUAACACUCUGGGCUAUGGUAUUAAAAAGGUCCACACUAAAGGCACCAAAGGCUUCUAUCUGAAGACUGGACCCCAAACACCGUUUAAAGUCUACCACUACCAGGUUAAAGUCAUGUUGGUCAAUCUGAUCGAGCCUGUCAGAGCCUCUCUUUCUAUCUCUGUUACUGGAACCAAAGGAGAGACUACUCCUCAGUCAGUCACUCUGUCCCAAGAAUAUGCUGAGAACACUACAUACUCCUCCCUGUUCGCGGUGGACUCAGAGCUGGGGGAACUGCAGGCUUUGCGGCUGCAUUGGAAAGAAGAGCGGAGCUGGUGGACUCAUGUCACAGACUUCAUGAGCGGGAGUGGAAGCAGGCAGGACACAGAGCUCAGCGUGGCGAGGAUACGGCUCAAAUCUGGAGAGAGCCAGGAAAAGACUUGGUUCUGUGGUCAAGCAGGAAACAUCACACAUCUGAAACCCUUAGAAGAGCAAGAGUUUCUUCGUUGUCCUCCAGAUACUUUCAAAAGGAGGACAAUCAGCGGUACAUCUUCCCUGCUGCUAUAAACACACAAGAACAUGCUGGAACAGGAAUCUGUGAAAACUUUAGUGAGGGAAACAAGGAAAUAAGCUAUAAAUCUGCUCAGAAAAACCUAAAUUAAAAAUGUGAACGCUGUGGUUUAAAACUGUCAGGAGAAAUGUUUGUCACACAUGUUUUCAUUUGAGCCUUUUUAUUAAUGCAUUUCAAGUACUCCAAAAAUUACAUCUCUUUGCACAAUACGGUUUGAAAUGUUAAGUAAAAAUGUUCAAAGUGAACAAAAAUUUAGGUACUGUAUAAAACACAGUUAACAUUAACAGACAGUAGUUUUUUUUUCUUUUUUCCUAACUUUUGUGAUCUUUCGGCCUAUAAUCACCUACAACAUUUUGACUCACUUCGGACAUUUUCAGUGCACAUUUUUUUUCUAUAAAGAUUCACCAAGACUACACAAAUUAAAAAAAGAAAAGAAAAAAAGCAUAAAGCAAAACAAAAGCCAAAACAAAAUAAUAAAAGAUCAGAAACAGUCAGAUACAGGCAGUUCCCCCCUAUAUCCACUUCACACCACAGGAUCAACAGACAAAAAAGAAAAAAAGAAAAAAGCCUAUGCACUUCAUCGCAUUGAAAUAUUUUGAGCAUCGACUGCUGUAAAGAGAAAAUAACUUUAUGAGCACAUAGUCUAUUCUGAUAAAUGUCAUGAAAAUAAAACAAAAAAAGUAACUUUUUUUCAGAAUCGAGAGAAAAUGUCACAAUAUGGUUACAUCUAAAUCUUGAUUGGGCAAUUUCUCCAAAAUUAAGAGGAAAAAAAUAGACAUACAAGUAUCAAAAUCUCAUAUUUAUCUUCAAAUUUAAAAGAAAUGCUCCAGGAACUGUACAUAGUUUACAAUGGAGGAAGUUUACAGCUUUGUCAAUAGAGCCGCUUGAAAUGAUGGAAUCUUAUAGCUGCUCCAUGACCCUCUGAGAUGGAGAUCUCACAUCAGUGGCUCUCACACAAAGCAGAGUCCAGUCACAUGUCACAUUAUGUUGUGGAUUGUGUUAUUAAUGCAUUGGGAAAAAGAGAAGGGAAAAACAAGGACCCACAUACUGAGCCUUAGUGUUCUUAAUGUCUGGACUUCUUUGUACCCAUGAAAUCCUUAAGAAUGAAAGGUCAACAGGUCAUUUGAAAAGCCUGAUGGGAAUGGGAAUGGACAUGCAACUUUGUGGUGUUCAGUUAGAUGAGCCUCUCUCAUUCUGAAAGUGAGAGAUGACAGCCCUGAGGUCAAACAGUGCCAUCCCUGCUUCCCGUCUCCGACAUGCCCGAGACCUCUGUACACCUGUCCAGCCACUGUACAGCACGGCUGUUCAGGAACAUGGCGAGCCUUCAUGGAGAUGGCAGUGGUUGGAUUGAUGUAAACGUAGUGUGGUACAGCAUCAGGCAUCUCACAGGGCCUUGACUGAACGGAGGACUCGACUUAUUGUAACAUAAUUCUUCAGUUUGCUAAAAUGAUUACAACCACUGUUAAACUCCACCGUGACGAGUUCAUUCAAACAGACUAAACUAGGAAGAAUGAAUGAUUGCUUGACUUGGGCAGAAUGGCACUUAACUAUAAUUAGCUUGAUUCGCAUCACAACUGGUGAUCACAGCCCUCUUUUUACACCUGAUCACUUCAUGUGUCUUGAGUAUUAAGAAUAUAACGGACCCAAGUCACAUAAAUUUCAAGUGUAAACACAAACGAGACACUUUUGAAACGGAUACAAAUCCAAAUCACUUAAACCACUUCAGCCUCUGAUCUGCUAAGAAUUUGAGCCACAUGUUUUAGCAGUGUAAACACAUCACAUCAGUCUCUCCCAAAAGCCUGUUUUUAACUGAAAUUAAUCAUGCCUUUUUAGUGAUUGGAUCAUGUUCGCUCGCACUGUACCCGUCUGCAUGAAAAGCCAGAGCAGGGCAAAACGCUCCCAAGAUGCACUGAAAUCCAGUUAUGAUCAAUUAACUCAAACUAAUUUACAUUUGGAGGUGAUGAGAGAGAGAUCUUGUACACAUUCAACACACAACAGUAAAAAUAUGAUGCGUUUUCUGUGAUCUCAUUCUAUCACGCAAGCAAAAAUACAUUUUUAAAAAGAAAAAAAAAAACACUAAUAUGCGUGUUUACUCCGGUUUCUCAUAUCUUUUUCUUUCUCUCACUUUUGCUCUGUUCAUCUCCCUCGCGUUGUAGGUGUUUAAGAGUGUAAUACAACUGUUACGUGAAUGUGAGAACAAUCUACUGUUCACGGUCUCCCACAGCAAGACAAUUUUGAUAAGAACUCAUUGGUUAAAAAAUUGGAUCUCAUCUGGUCACACUGAGAAUGCAGUUUACUGACAAGUGUAAACAGAAUCUGGUAAAAGUACUUUCCGAAUACAAACUGCCUUUUAAUGCCAGGUCUAAACAACCUCUCCAAAAUGCACUGGGCACCCAAACUCCUCUUAGUCCAACAGAAACACCAGUAAUACUCACCAUGCAAUGAGUAAAUUUGCAUAUUCCAUCCCACACCGCAACUGGAUUUAAGUUAGACUAACCGGAGACACAUUUAACUAACAAGUGUAAACGCAUGCGGCUAAAAUCUGAUCAGGAUCCAAUCCAGAUGCUAUUCACAUGAAAUCACCAGGUGUGAACUGUGUCAAAAAAGAAGUACAUUGCCAGCUGAAUUGGGUCAAGCCAAAAAGCCAAGCCAAUCAUUUCCACGGUGCUUUAGUUUAUGGGGGGGGGGUUAGCUCUUCUCUCAGGUUUUUAAUGAUAGCAAAUGUUCUCACCAAAACUAAUGUUUACGCCUUCUCAGACGUUUAAAGAAGGCCUGCAAUUUUCACUCUAAUUUGGAUCUUAAUGCUUAUGUGUAUUGUGUGUGUGUAUGUGUGUGUUUGUGGAUAUUAUGUAACAAGUAUCAGCUAGUAAUAGCUUAAGAGCUCAAUGUAGUCAAUGAAGCUUUAAACCACAGUGUGUGGCUUUGUUGUGGUGUGCUGUAAACUGUAAAUAUAUCAUAUCAGAGAAGAGUUAGGCACCAGUGUUUACUCAGCAUCCUACUGAGAACAAUUUUCACUAUUGGACUGUAAAAAUAAUACACUGUGCUGCAGCAGGUGUUAGCUUGAUAUGAUACUUAGCGCAAGGAAACAUGAUGCGUGAUAAAUGUGACGUGUAGUCAUUUUAGGAGUAGUGUCAUAGACCUAUGGAAGUGUUGCUGCUGCAUUUAAUAGAAGACACUUCUAUUAAUGGUUAGUCCAUAAUGACAGCUUCAGGAGAGCCCGGGUUUUCUGUUCUAGGUUUGAAGUAGCAGGCUUAAGCAAAAAAAAAAAAAAAAGUAACAGUUUUUAAG